AUGACAGAGUACAAAAUGAGUUUGUCAAUUUUUUCCCUUCUGGGCACUAGUGUUGCAGAACUACCAAGUAUUAACAUCAACAUUGCAAAGGAUGGACCAUGUCUCACUAGAGUGCAACAGUUGGAGCUUAUAAAGCAUGUCACCAGUGAGGAGAUCACUCAGGUCCUCAAAGAUUUACCUAAUGAUAAAGCCCCGGGAAUUGAUGAUUUUACUGCUGAAUUCUUCAAAGAAUAUUGGAGCAUUAUAGGGGAUGAUAUAACACAUGCAGUAGUGCAAUUUUUUGAAACUUGUAGGCUACUCAAAGAAACCAAUAGUACUACAAGAACAUUGGUUUCAAAAGUUGGAUCAUCACAGUCUGAUUUUAUAGCAGGGUGGAAUAUCUUAGAUAAUGUCAUAGUGGCACAUGAACUUGUCAAAGGAUAUUCCCAAAAAGGGAAGUUUAUCAACUUAAUCAUGGAGUGUAUUUCCACAGUGAACUACUCUAUUCUGAUCAAUGGGGGCCUUACUCCUAAAUUCAAGGGGAAAAAAGGACUAAGACAAGGGGACCCAAUGCCCCCUACUUGUUUGUGCUGGGCAGAUGAAAUUUCUAUAAGAUUGAUGUUUCAAGCAUUCAAUCACUUCUCUGACGCCUCAGGUCUUAAAGCCAAUCAAGAAAAGAGUUCCUUGUAUAUAACUGGAGUCUCAAGCACUGAAGGAGCAGAUUUUAUCUGA